UCUAGAGCACUGGGAUGGCUGUUGUAGCAACGUUGACGUUCAUGGCCGUGGUUCGGAGUGGCCGAUCAUGAAAUACUGUUCCAGGUUGAAGAAACGACAUGCUGAUGUAAAAUAGCUAUGCCGUAAUAUUACCAGAAGUACAGAAUAUCUGGGCGAAAAUGAUGAUGGAAUCACCCGUUGGCCGUCUGCCCCCUCUAAGGGUCCUUCAUGAGCAACCAGCUCUGGAUCUGGACACCCCUCCGCCAUCACCAGCAACAACAAGCGAGGCCCUAACGAUCCCGAUCAUCUCAAGGAGCCCUUCUCCAACCUCCCAGUCCUCCUACUCACAGUACUCAGGUGAGGAGAUUGAACACAGCAUCAGGAACCUAUCUCAGUGUUACCAGAUUCUCAAACCAGAGCAUCAUCCCUGCCUCUGUACUCAUGGAAGGGUGUCUUCAGCAUUCACUCACAACAAGUACAGUGUUACUAUAGCAGAGUAUUACUCUACUCUACAACGGCUGAUGAUAAGUCGCUCUCGGCUGUACUUUGCACGGGAGUGUGCCACAAGGGUUUCACAGCUUGCAGAGUUUGUUCAGAGCUUGCAGGUGGUGGCACAUGAAGAGUACAACACGCUUCAGGCACUACAAACAGGCGGAGAUGUGGAGCCAUACACAAAGAUGGAGUAUCUAGCAAUCUUUUGUGAGGAUCUACGAAUCCAUAUGAACCACUGGAUGUCAAUUCAGCACAGACUUUACACUGAUAAAUACCUGCAAGCUGUGCUGCCAGAGUUGUGCCAAGACCUGUCUGCCCUGCAGCGGUCUCUGACAUAUUGGCGGGAUUGUGCAAUGUGGUGGCUGCACCAAAUUAUCGCAGUUGGGCUGAGAAUCUUUGCACACUGUAGCCCAAACACGGCCACACAAGAUAUGCUUUGGAGUAUAGUAAGAGGGAUUGAGAACUUCAAUGGGAUGCUGGAUUUAAUCAGGAGUACUUGUAAGAAUACAGAUACGACAUCGCAUGGCCGCCAUCAUCAUUUCAGUUCAGCUUCCUCGAGAUUCAACAAAUUCAUUCGACCAUUUCCAGUGAACAGAAUAUUAAGUAUAUUAUCCAAAGAGCGCUCCAAGUUAGCAAGCUUGCAGAUAAUCUUUUUCCUAAUGCGGAACCAAAGCUUUGUACAUUUAGCAAAGCUACGCCCUCUUUCAUUUGACUGGCUCACUUACCCAUGCAUUAUCAGUGCAAAGGCCUCCCGAACGCCAUCUGAUCAAUCGCCCAGUUCUGCUUUUCCCACUUCUGCCACCGUUGCUACAUUAUCAUUAAAAGACUUUAAAGCUCAGGGACUUCUGCAGGAACCAUCUCCUCAAUGUGCAAUUGAAACCCAAGAAGAGGGUUUCAUCUCCAAACUGCUUACUGCCAUCUCAUCAUCGACAGGUCUAUUACAGAAGCAUCAGCCUCUCAUGUCAGAUGGUGAGACAGCUUCUCGAAAACCCAAACUCAAGUCACCUCGCCGGAGUGGCAACAGGCACGAAACGCGGAAGUCGGUACGCUGGGGAGACUCACUCAAUGCACAUAUCCAGCAGGAGUUCUUCAGCUCCUACAUGGAGAUGAUGUGGACAUGUUGCAGGAAUGAGUUGAGGGACCUUCUGCACCGUCCUGGUCUAGGCCUGGCAGACAUUGCCCUGGAGGGCAUCAUCAGUCUUGGUCAUGUGUACCAGUGUAGUGAUGCUUUGGUUGUUGCUCUUGGGCACUUCAUUGAACAAGCUUGUGGCAAAGGUGUGUUUACGGCAGGAGCUAGCCAUAAUUUACAGAGUAUAUCCCGUCAGGUUAUUGGUGAUGUUGCCCUCAGUCAGUGCAGAUCAGGUUUAUGUGCAGCCCUUGCCUCUGCAUCAACAGACAAAUGCUUCCCAGGAAGUGCUCCCUCCUCCAUCCACCACGGGAGCAGCACUUGCCAGCUGUUCCAGGCAGCGCUGUUACCCUUGCUGAGUCUCCUGUCAGCUUCUGAACAUCAGCACACGGCGAGCAAGGUCCUUCCAAGGGGUGCAUCAAGGAAUGGAGCCACCCCAGCAAUACAGGCACCCAGUACUCAGACGCUUGUGAACACACUAUCUUUGGCAAUCCUGACUCUUGAAGCCUCAAUGAGAUGGUGCCAGAAGAAGAGCAUGCAGUUCCUGGCAUCGUGGUCUGUGGACAAGUUCCUGUUUAUCUCGCAAAGUGACCUAAAGGUGACAAUCGAUUCGUCUGUACGUAUUCUACAAGCUUGUCAAUGGCUCUGUGGGGUCGCCUCUAAGGAUGCUGAUCGCUGUGCUACUCCUACCAAGGAGUCUGAGGUCGAGAGACUGGAGGAGUUGAAACUACAGCUGGACACCAUCAACUCAAGACUUCAUUGUCUAUCCAGUGAGCUGCUUGGUUUGUUCAGUCAGUACUGUAGUCGUAUGUGUACUGAUGUCUGGCAGCAGGGAAUGCCCAUGGGCAAGAUAUGGCGCAAGAAAACAACAGACGAUCUGCCUACUGAGCACAACCCCUAUGUUCCUGCAGCUGUUAACACAAUACUGGUGCCAUUAGUAGAGGGUGUGAGUAAACUAAGAGUAUCAGCCCAGAUUGCUGUCGUGUCAGUUGCCAUAACCAACAUGUUGGAAACAUGGAUGGCACACAUACUGAGGGAAAAACCAAAGUUCAGUAUUCAUGGAGCUCAUCAACUUGGGCAAGACUUGAGCUUCGUUCGAACUUGGCUAAUGUCGGACACCAACGGUCUGGAAUUCCAAACAAGACAGAGUGUGCUAACACUCGAUGUCUUCAAGCACUUUGACGGGGCAGUGGCAUUGCUCAAACAUCAACCCAGACGGAAGGGUUUAAAUUCUCCCACAAGAGAUGACGCAAACUCAGAGUACAGUAGCAGCACAGCGCCGAGUGUUGGUUCCCACCCAGGCAGUAUGAGCAGCCUGUCAGAUACACUACCACCCGGAGCUACUACCCAGACCAUGGUCGGAGAUCCUUUAUCCCUAGGCAAUGGCAGCGACAUGGGAGAGAGUGGCUUUGACGAAGAGACAGUCAGGGUACCACACCGCAAGGAGUGGUUAAAUCUUAGGGUACAUGGCAAUCAGAAAUGGCGACCAUUACUGUUUGGGUGUCUGAAUGCUAGCCUGGAAUCCUGACGGUGGCAUUGGUGCUGCUGUCAAUAAACAGGCAUCAUACCUACUCAUAUCUCGAUCUGAUUGAUCUAGUACCCUGUCACAACGACCUGUUUAUUAAGUGCCCCCCAAGGUACUCAUAGAGCAAGUUGGAGUGUGCACCAUGGUUAACUAAAGGUUGACUAUUUUGACUCAAACCUAGGCUGGUCGACCUUUGGUUGACUACUGUGGGCGACCAUUGUGAACCAGCCUCAUGACCAUGUUUUUUACCGUGCCAUGCCGUGUCCCAUGCUAACGAGUGUAAAGCGCAGAAGCGAACCAGUGACACUAUAGCAAAAUUGCAGAAAUUGCAUACCGUGGUACCGAUGGUCGACGGCUUCCAAUCGAGUCGUUCGAGUUAGUGUGCCACUCUGACGCCACUGUACAAGUCUGUUGCUGGUCCGUAGUCGACUUACUGUGCGCACUCGGAACUUGCUCUCAGUUGAACCUUUGGUGGAUUUACGUAGCAUGUUAGUGAGUCUUUACUUCCAUAACAUUUGUAGUAUGGUUCCAGUAUCAGGGUAUGCACUGCUAUUAAUAUUAUGUAUGCCUGAACUUGCCACCAUACUAGAACGAACCGCUUUGCUGUUGAUGCUAUACCCCGCUCUUAAUAUUUAUGCAUGAGUGCGCCACAAUUCUAACCCCAAACGAAGCUGUAGGCGCAGCCACUGCAAGUGGUGGGGGACGUACGCCUAUUGCCUCAUUUUGGAUAAGACGUCAUGCAUGAAUAUUAAGAGAGGCGUAUACAAUGUACAUUGGUCUGGUAACUGACAGUAGAGAGUAUGGUAACAUGAGAAACGUACAUGUACAGAUACCUCGUGCACUGACUCUAGAUUGUACAUUUAAUAUCCGAGUUGAGAUGAUACCUUAUGAGAUCUUAAAGUCUACAUUGUUUCAACUCAUAAUAGACAUUGGGACUUAUUUACAUUAUUGUAUACAACAAAAUCCCCAGAACCUUAUUAUGUGAAAGCUCCAUUAAAGAAAGAGGCUCAAAUAAAACAUCCCUUACGUCUGGCAACUCACACCUGGUAUCUUCAUGUAACUCCUUUUCCAAAAUAGUUGACUUAAUUGGAUCAUGCACAAACCCUACUCAUCAAUAAAUUAAAUGACCCUAGUAAUUCAAUGUAAACACCCACUCAGUGAAAAGGAUGUAUACUUUACAAGUUUUUGCAGCCAAACUAAAAAGAGCAGACUGUUUGAUUUCUGUUGGUUUUGGUUGGUUGGGUAUAUAGAACAAUGGAAGAUUUUGAAAGUGUGUGCUUAUUUAGAACACUUUUCAAUCUGGAAUGACCAAGUCUGAAUCUAAGAGUAGAACCAGCAGCUUUUUUGUGGUCUUCACUGGGCAAUCUACAUAAAUUACUCACAAAUGAUAUCAUGUUGAAAUGCAUUUUUACUAUGCUGCAUUUGGGGGGGGGGGUCAAUGUUACUUGAGGUAAAAGGCUAUGGUAAUUUUUUAAACUUAAAAUGAUGUGAGGAGAUUAUAAAUAUGUGAGAGGAUCACCCAAUUUGUGCUUAAGCAGUUCUAGCAGGGCCCAGGCUUUAAGGCAAAGAUCGUAUUGCACUGCAAGUUGCAAGAUGGACGACUGGAGCUGUAUUAGAGCAUGAGCACCAUUUCAGUAAGCAAAUAUUUGUGUACAGCAUUGAUAGCAAUGCUCACUGUCUGCACUGAUAUACUGUUGCAUAAAAAGAGUUGCUUACUAAAAUGGCAUCUAGUGCAUGCUUCACAUUUCAGGCUACACGAUCUUUGCUUUAGGUUUGUUCAACCAUAGAAUUAGAACACUUGUACAGCCAGUGGAGCUUUUUAUUUAUUCAUUAUAACUUGCUGAAAAUUUCUUCAGUUUUUAACACCAAAUGCACAGCCUUUAAACAUAUUACUUUUUUAAAAUCAGUACUUAUCCAUCCAAUGCAGUUUACAGUAUGUGUUUAACGCUAGCUUAAAAUGUUCAUGUACGCCCCCACGUUAUAAGGUUACUCCAGUUUAUCUGAAAUACGUGUAUUGGUUUAUGUACUUACAAUGCAUGGAAAAAUGUGUAGUCAAAGGUUCAAGUUGUAAAAUUGGAAUGUGUAUGUGUUGAUGGGAUAUAAACAGCAAUUGUUAUGAACACCUUCAUGUAGUUUUGAACCCCCCUCCCCUCCAUCCUCCCCCUCCUUAUAAAAAAAAAAAUUAAAACAAUUAUCAAAUAAUUGUUGGUAUUCAAUUUUAUCUGGAUUGAUAACAUCCGUGGAGUUACUCAAACACAGAUUACUUACAGAUUUAAUUAGAGGAGUAUAUUUUUAUGGCUAAUUUUACCAAAUUAUAUAAUUUUUAUUUAUGUUAAACAAUUUUUUAGGGAAAAAAAAGAGUUUAUACAGUUCAUUUGCCCACAUUGUUCAGUCUGGUUAUUCAACGAUGGAAAAAACAGUGUUUGCAUUCAUAAAGAACAUACUAUGUAACAAGAUUGAAUUUCAAAUUUCUGACAUAAGCGCGUCAUUCAGUGUUCGGUUAGGAGUACUGGCCGGGAAGCAAACUCUGUCUAUUGUGACGACAAAUCUUGGUGACUUAAACAUCACACUUACUAAAAACCUGUCAUGUUUUAACUCUCCUAAAACCCAUGUAAGCAAAUGUUCUUGCUAACUUUAGCGCGAGACAAAUUUGCUUACUUUGUGUUAGUGUAUUUCAUCACAGGCUAGCAAGAAAAUAAGCCAGGGCCAGCUUGUGCAUUCACCAUGCAUUUACAUUGUGACCACAUUCAUUUUCAUACAGUAAGCACCUGAAGGUUAGCAUGCCUUUUCGUGUGCUUAUGGUUAGCAGCGCUAUGAAAUGGAAACUCGCUCAAUAAGCACAAAAUCGGCCGUUAAGCAGUUCUAUGACAUUGGGUCCUGAUCAUGUUAUUUGGCACCUCUAACUUUGAGGCGUGUAAAAUACAUUAGAUACAGGCUUUGUUCAAUGUACGUUUUACCCCUUGGGUGGUGUCGCAUAGUGCAAUUUAUGGAUGAGGUGUACACGUGAUGCGAUCAAGCAAAUUGAGUCGUUUGUGGAUCCGGGUCAUUUUUUAUUUGUGUAUACAUUUCAAAAAGAGCAUUUAUCUAUGCUUUAUUGCUGUUUAAAACCCCAGGUUGAUACCUUCUGUGGUUGAAAAGUUGUGAAAGUAGAUAGGAGAGAGUGUAACUGAGAAAAAGGAUUUUAAAAUUGAGUUGUUUAUGGAACAUCAACACAUUUUGUGUCAAUGCAGACAAAUCUUUUUUGAUGUUAUUUAUCAGGAAGGGAUAAGCCAAUAUAAAGUAAGAAAUAUUUUGGCAUUUAAAUUUACCCCUCCCCCCCACAAAUUUUUGAAAAUUUCACCCCCGCUGGCCUGUUUUGGCUUUGUUCUCCAUACUAAUAUUUUUGACAGACGACUCAUUUAGCGGGAUGGCAUUACAUAUGUUUACCAGCUACCCCAAGCAUGUACAUUACAAAAUGAAAUCAAAGCCUCAUAUGUGAGGGAUGAACUCAAGGAACCAGGCUAGGUUUUUGUAGAUAUCAAAGAGGUGGAAAGUUUUCUGUUUCCUGUUCAGGAAAUUCAUACUGUCAAAGAAAGCAAACCCAAGUAAUUGUAACAUGGCUUUGCACUUAAACUAGAAAGUAAUUAUAUAAACUUGUAGAUAUAACUGAAUGUGCAAUGUGUCAAAAAGUAUACUA